AUGCAUGAAAAAUGUCUUAAUAUCAAAAUUCGCGGUUUUGUAGGAAAAAAGAAGAAGGAGAAGAAAGGACAUAGAACUCAUGAGCAAGAAGGGUCAUCGCAGGAGCAAGAUCAUCAGCAGCAGACGCAACAAAUCAAAAAAAGAGUUUUCAAAAAAAGAGAUAUUACGUGCGGGUUCCCUGUUCCAGUAGACCCUGAACCUCCUCAAGGAGUUUGGGCACGACCUAAAGGUCAACAGGGAGAAGAUACCAUUGACAAUAAAUCUGAUAAUUUUGCUCACAGAAAGACAGAAGAAAUAAAAAAGGUUUUACAAGCAGCUUCUUCAUCUGAAAAUACUCAGGCAGUAAUUAAAGCUGGAGCUUCAGGCGUAUUAGACAAAAAGUCUUUCACUGAAAAGGAAAAAAAUUAUUGGCUGAGUCUAAUACCUUCUAGGAGAAACUUAAGCAAAGGUGGAACUCAAGGCAGAUCUAUUAAAGUCUUUACAAACAUGGUGCAAAUUAUCUUCAAUAGUAAUUUCAAGAUAAAGGCUACUCAUUACGACGUUAAAUUCAACCCAAACAAAUCAAAGAUGCUGAAGAGAAUUGCUUUUGAAAAAUUGCGCAUAGAAAAAUUUCCGAAGAAUUGGCCGGCGUUUGACGGUCAUGCCAAUGUUUAUUCCGCUGGUGAUUUACCUUUUAAACACAGUAUUACUCAAAUUGUGCUUUUAACUAAUGAAGAAGUUUACGAAGACUGCGCUAUAACAAUAACGAUGGAGAAAGUCAAUGAGAUAGAUCUUUCAUGGCUUCCAAAAGUGUGUGUAGGCUUCAAAGCAAAAGAUAAAGACCAGUCUGCUAUUCAAGUUUUGGAUACGAUCCUCCGAAGUGCUCCUUAUAGUCGUGCGAUUUCCAUAGGUCGUUCGUUUUUCGAAUGCCCUCAAUCUCAGGCAUUUGACUUGGACAACGGCAUGGAACUCUGGGUUGGGAUGUUCCAGUCAGCAGUUCUUGGAUGGAAACCUUUCUUCAAUGUCGACAUUUCUCAUAAAUCCUUUCCAAAAGCGGUUAGUGUGAUGGAAGCAAUAAAAGAACAAUGUACAGAGCCGAAGAAACCUCCUCCGCAAGAGUUGACCGCUGAGAUGGUCUCCAAGAGUAUGGCCAGGAUCAAUAAGUUUCUGGAAAGAAUGAAAGUUGUUUUUCAAAUUCCUAACAAGCCGAGUAGUAAAAGAAAUUUUAGUGUCAACGGCCUUGGUUUACCUGCGAAAGACGCGAAAUUUACGCUAGACAAUGGUCAAGAGUCUACUGUUGCGAAUUACUUUCAUCGAUUAAAAGGAUACAAAAUACAACGCGCUGAUUUACCUUGCCUUUGGGUUGGUUCGAAGCAGAAAAAAGUUCUCGUUCCUAUUGAACUUUGUACAAUUGCCGCUGGUACGAUGGUCACUAAGAAAUUGAGUGACGAACAAACGGUAAAGAUGAUGAAAGAAGCUGGUAAGUCUGCACCAGAAAGGAUGGGAGGUAUUAAAACUGUUUUAAAUUCAAUGGACUUCAACAACAAUUUAACGAUGAAAGAGUUUGGAGUUUCUCUCACUGGACAACUAGAACAAAUAGACGCACGGGUACUGGAACCACCUUCGCUUAAGUAUAAAGAUAUAAAAAGUCUUAAAGUUCAAAAAGGCGUUUGGCGAGCGGGUAAAUUUUUGGAAGCUCAGAGUAUCCAAGAUGAUUGCUGGACUAUCUUAAAUUUAUCUUCGGAAUGUAAGGAAGAAGAAAUAAGAAAGUUUACUUCUGUGCUACAAAAUUUUGGAAAAGAAAGUGGUAUGAUAAUUGGCAAGCCUCGAACUCCGUUUGGCAAUAUGCAAAUUCAAAGCGCUCAGGGUAUCCGAGUCUUUAUAAAUUAUCUUGAGCAACAGAAGAAGAAUCGAUUGAAGCUAGUAAUCGUUGUAAUUCCCAAGUCUCCAGCAGAUGUCUAUGCUAAAGUAAAACAAACUGCAGAAUUGCACAUCGGUAUACUCACGCAGUGUCUCAGGGAUCUGACGAUAAGUAAAAUUGUACAGAAUACAGACAGGGCGACAACAGCAAAUAUUCUUCUGAAAAUAAAUUCAAAACUGGACGGAAUCAAUCAUACAUUUGUUCCGGAGAUUAAACCUAAAUGCCUGGAAGGAGCGAUUAUUUUUGGCGCCGAUGUUACCCAUCCAUCGCCUGAUUCCACCAACUCACCUUCUAUUGCAGCGGUGGCGGCCAGUCAGAGUACUGAUAUAUUUAAAUACAACAUCGUCAUAAGAUUACAACCAGCUCGUCAGGAGAUAAUACAACAUUUAGAAGAAAUAAUUUACAGUCAGUUGAAAAUUUACACUGAAUCAAAUGCUAGAAAAAAGCCUGAAAAAAUUUUCUUCUAUCGCGACGGAGUGAGUGAAGGCCAGUUUCCCCACGUAAUGCAUUUCGAGCUUCAAGCUAUAAAAAACGCAUGCAGACGAUUCGGUCAGCCGAAUAGGUAUGAGCCGAAGAUAACGUUCCUGGUCGUUCAAAAGCGGCACCAUAUCCGAUUGUUUCCGACUAGUAUAAAAAAUUCAGACGACCAAGAUCGAGGUAAAAAUGUGCAAGCAGGCACCAUCGUCGACAGCAAUAUCACUCAUCCCUCGCACGUAGACUUUUAUCUAGUCUCCCACGCCAGUAUCCAGGGUACUGCAAGACCUACUAAAUAUCGCUGCCUAUGGGACGACAAUAAAAUGUCUGAAGAUGACAUUGAGACCCUCACCUACUAUCUUUGUCACAUGUUCAGCAGGUGUACUCGUUCUGUGAGCUACCCAGCUCCCACUUACUACGCUCACUUGGCAGCUUUUCGAGCUCGAGCGCUCAUCAACGGGCAAGUUAAACUAAUGCAAUUAUUCCAAACAAUUGAAGUUCCCAUUCAAAUGGAUAAUCUCGAAAGGGAACAACUGACCAAACUCACUUUGAGACCGGAGUUGCUUAGCAGCAGUCCUAUGUUCUUUGUUUAA